GGCUGCAUUGCUAGUGCUAAUGCCCGCUAGGUCACGAGUGCGCUUCGGAAUCUCGUUUUAAACUCUGUGAAUUUAAACACGAAUUAUACAGUGCCUCUAAAUUAAUAUCUGCCAAAGCGUGACCAUGAUAAAUGCUGUAGAGGAGUUUUUAGAUGAUUUGAGGGGCGGUAAGAUGUCAGAGGCGCCGGUAGUGAAGGUCGCGCAGGGCGAGCUCCAGGGCAAACUAGUCACCAGCCCUUCCGGAAAGGGCUUUUACACCUUCCUGGGGAUCCCCUACGCGAAACCACCGAUAGGAUCACUCAGAUUUCGUGCACCACAACCAGCGGACGCAUGGGAAGGAGUGCGCGAAGCCACAUCAGAAGGCAACAGUCCAGCCCAAGUCGAUCCGUUUUUCCACAAAUGUUACGUCGGAGAUGAGAACUGUCUAUAUUUAAACGUUUUCACUCCGAGCAUCGAAGGAGAGUUCCUCCCAGUAAUGGUUUACGUUCACGGCGGAGGUUUCAGAUUCGGAUCUGGCAGCCCUGCAAUUUAUGGCGGAGAUUAUCUAGUUGAAAAGGAUGUGGUAGUCGUCACGAUUAAUUACAGAUGUGGACCACUCGGUUUCUUGUGUCUAAACACUCCCGAGGUUCCCGGUAACGCUGGACUCAAAGAUAUGGCGUUAGCUCUUAAAUGGGUGAAAGAGAACAUUAAAAGUUUCGGUGGUAACGCAUCAAACGUGACCGUCUUCGGGCAGAGCGCAGGCGCCGUCUCGGCUGCGUUACUCACAGCUAGUCCUCUGACAAAAAAUAUAAUCAGUAAAGUCAUAAUUCAGUCCGGGUCGGCAUUGAGCUCGUGGAGUCUACAAAGCAAUCCUGUAGAAAACGCUAUUGCGCUAGCCAACGAGUUAGGUUGUGAAACUACAGAUUUAGAUGAAAUUGUCGAAUUCCUCGAGACGACACCGGUCAAAGAUAUCGUGAUCGCCCACGAGAAUACAAGCCCUUUGGAUAAAUCUCUGCAAGAGGGUAAAGUGGUGUUCGGCCCGGUUAUCGAAAAGGAAUUCCCCGGUGUGGAGGCGUUUUUAACGGAGCCCUUCUCCGACAUUUUAACGUCUGGGCGAACGGCGGAUGUUCCUAUAAUGGUCGGCAGCGUGACAUUAGAGAUGGUCGGUUGGAACAAGCCAGUUGAUAAUCUUCAAGACUUCAUACCCAAAGAACUGAAUAUCGAAAGAGAUUCUCCAGAGUCAUUGGCAAUCGCGAAGGAGAUUGAAAAAUUAUACUUCAAUGGAAAGAACCCCACCGAUGAGGACAGUGCCCGCGAAAGAUACCAACUAAUGUCCGAUUACUUAAUCGGUGUUGCUGAACAUAGAUACUUGCAACAUCUCACUAAAGUCACUAACAAACCUGUUUACUACUACAAGUUUGAUUAUUCUGGAGACUUGAAUAGGAGUAAGAUUACAGGCAAAAACUGCGAUCUGAAAUGUGCAGCGCAUUCCGACGAUUUAGACUACCUGUUCAAAAGCGAGAUAACUAAUGAUGUCGAACCAACAACGCAAGAUAUCAAAAUGAGGGAGAGGAUGUUGAGGCUCUGGACAAACUUCGCUAAAGAAGGCAACCCAACUCCAGAACAGAACCACUACAUCAACGUGACAUGGGCGCCAUACAAUAAAGAAAAACACAACUGCCUUAUUUUAGGCAACGAAUUAAUACUCAGUGUUAACCCAGAUCAAGACAAAAUGGAAUUUUGGGAGGGUCUCUACGAUAAGUACUAUAAAAUUUGGGACCAUCCCAAAUCAAGUGAAGAGAAGAAACCCGAGGAAGUGGCUGCACCAGUUUGCGAGGUUAGCGUGGAAACUGAGUCCGAAGACAUUCCGAAAGCAGUCGAAGAUACGCCUGCUGUUGUUGAAAGCCACACUGAAGUGGUUGAGACGAGUCACAAUGAGGUCGUGGAAAGCCACGUCACCGUAGUCGAAACCUUUGUAACCAAGGAACACACAAGCGUAGAAGAACACACCACUGUAGAGGAAAAUACCAAUGUUGUCGAAAACAACGUACAGGAAGUAGUUGACGUACCAGACAAUAAAGUUCCCGAGAAGGAACCGCCGAAAAUUGUGAACGACGUAAAGGAAAACAACGGCCACGUCGAAAAACACUCGCCGGUCGUGCUACCAGAGGAGAGCAUUAACGUACAGGAGAAGAUUGCCAAUCACGAACAGAGGAAAGCGUCGAUCAACGGCGCUCACGACGACGCCAAACUCAACGGCAACGGGGACAGGAAACCGCGACCAUCGAACGAGAUCAAAAUGGUCCAGCCGACUAACUUCAACCCCAAAGACGUGAUCAGAGCUAACGACCCACCAGAAGAUGACUUACCCAAAAACAUAGGUGUUAACAAAUUCGUAAAUUUCUUCGAAUCGCUGGGUGGAAAGAAGUAAUUUUCAUUCCUAUUUAUUCCAUUAGGUUAUGAUCAUCAGUUUAUUUUAAUUAGUCUCCCGUGCAUAUUGUGAAUAUAAGAGUUAGUGUGACUGAUGCGAUCUAUAAUGAAAUAUAUAAUGAAAAUUAAACCUGACCCUAAGGGCGUUCGCUGCGUUAAGCGUGCCCCCGGCGCGGCCACCCGCGGGGAA